CCCUCAAGUCAUUGAUUGGUUACUGCCUGGUAAAGCAGUAGAAACCGAGAGAGCUGAAAAGCAGGAAGUAGUGUUCUGGCUAUUAUGUUAGGUAUGUUGUUGGUGGAGAGAAGAGUACAUCUGGAAUAAAGAAGUUAAAAUAAAUCAUAUUUCAUUGAUUAUCUAUUCUGUGCCUUGUGUGUGUACUUUCUACUACAGGUAGGGAAUUUCUUAUUCAGAAUGCUUGGGACCUGGGGCUUUCCAGAUAAGGGAUUUUCCUGUUCCUUUCACAUGGCAGUGGGCACACAAAGGGUUAAUCCCUCCUGCCGUGAGAAAGGCACAGGAAGUGACGAAUAAAAGGACUUCCCCCAGCUCUGGCGCCCAUUCUUUUUCUUCCUGUCAUGCAAUACCCCCACAAUGUACCAGCAGAGCCGCUCUCCUCUGUUUGAAGCUCCUCUGGCCGAGAUACAGGUUCUCAUGUGAGCCGCAGGAGAAGCCGGCGGGCUUAUGGCCAUCCGUUGCCUGCAGCGCUGUAAGUCGCAAUGCCGAUCUUCAGACGGCGCAUGUGCAAUAAGACGCUGAUGCGCCCUAUGACGUCACGCCUAACCCGGAAGCACUACUGCGCAUGUGCGCACUUCCUGGUAAGAUUUAAAGGGACGGGAGGCGUGGUAUAGACAAACAUUUCAACCAUUUUAUGCUGUUUUUUGUCUGGCGUCUUACUGCUGUUAAAAAGAAGCAGAGUGCUUGAAGUAGUGCAUUGCUGGUCCCAGGUGCUGUCUGUAAUGAGUCACAGGCGUUCACACUCAGGCUCAAGGGGGUAAGCAUUAUCUAAGGAGCUUUUGGGACAGACUUUUCAAGAAGUAAGUAACUUUACUCCUUUUUAUUUAUAGGAGCCCAAAACAGGAAAAUCAGCCAGAAAGAUGUAAAAGUUCCAGACGGGAGUGUAUAGCAUGUGGUGAACCAGCCAUGCUGGAUAAAAGGCUGUGCAAAAAAUGCCUAAUGGAGGCUAGCAAUCCUCCCAUGGAACAACUGAAUAACAUGAUGGACUGGAUGCAAUCCACCUUCAAGCAAUCCAUGGCUACUAUGGUAGAUGAAGUCACGGGUAAAGUAAUGCAUAAUCUGAGUAAACAAGGAUGCAUUCCUGCUGCCAGUGCAAGGCUGGGGAGCACAUUGCAGGAGACAAACGUUCCAAGGAAUUUGGUCCAAGGAAGACAGCAGAAAGAGCUCCAACUGGAGAGAAUUGAAAGCAGUCCUACUAAGCCUGAUAAGAUUCCACGAAAUAGUCAGAGGAAAAGAAGUCCAGAUAAAGUCAGACAAUCUUACCGUGGUCAAUUACAUAAACAAGCAAGGGGGCACCAAAUCAAAAACCUUAUUGACCACGACCAUAGCUAUUUUUUCGUGGGCGGAAGAGAACCUAAUAGGUCUGUCGGCCUGUUACAUACCGGGAGUCCAGAACUGCCUAGCAGAUCAGCUCAGCAGGAAAUUCCCGACAGUGGGAGAAUGGGAACUCAGUCAAGAAAUGUUCAAUCUGAUCAAAAACAAGUGGGGUCCCUUCUCCAUAGACCUGAUGGAAACAUCUCAGAACAAGAAGAUCGCGACAUUUUGUUCUUGGGGAAAGAACAGUCAAACGAAAUUUUGGGAUGCCUUUUCCUUCCCAUGGAAAUUUCGAAUGGCUUACAUCUUUCCACCUCUAGCUGUGAUUCCGAAAGUCCUCAAGAAAAUCAGGACAGACAAGGCAAAUGUGGUCAUUGUGACACCUUGGUGGCCCAGAAGAGCUUGGUUUCCGACACUGAUGGAGCUCAAACAGGAAGAGCCAUUCCACCUUCCAAUAGUUCCAACUAUUCUCCACCAGGGAAUGGUGUUACAUCUGAACCCAGGCCGUUGGGCCUUAGCAGCCUGGAAACUGAAAGGCUAAAGCUUAAUCGGUUGGGAUUAUCAGACUCCACAGUAUCUACCAUAUUAGCUUCAAAGAAAAAAUCGACACACAAAGUACGCCAGAACUUGGGAGGUCUUUAUUGAUUGGUGCAAAGCAAGAGGUCAUGACCCUCUCAGAAUAUCUGAAGUCACCAUCAUAGAAUUUCUACAAGCAGGCAUAGAACGCAAUUUAAGUAUUUCUACGCUUAAAGGACAGGUGACGGCGAU